AUGGCAGUUGUAGCUGCAAUGGCUGGAUCAUCUGAAACAAUCGGAUAUAGAUUUCUUAAAGAUUUAUAUCUGUAUUUAAAGCACAAACGUAAGUACAUGAAAGAACUUGAUAAGAAUUAUGCAAAGCUCACAAAUGGAAUAGAUGCUCUUCAUGCACAAAGAAGAACUAUGGAAGACAUGUUGACAAGGAAUCGGUUAAAAAUGGAGAAGGUCAAAGAAGAUAUUAGAAAGAUUGAAGUCAAAUGCAAGCGUGCACAGAAGUUGGAGGAACAAGUUGAAAAUCUACAAAUUGGCAACCAGCAGCAAGCCCGUAGGCAUCCAACUGGAAAGCCAGGGUUCUUCACGCUUACAAAGCUCAAUAAAGAUAUUGUCAAAUUAACUGGAGAAGUUGCUAAACUCAGAGAGAAAGUGAAUGCUGAAAAUUUAAUGACCGAGAUUAUACCUGUAGAAAUGGGUUUUGAGACAACUAUGUCAGCGUCGACCUCAACCUCAACCUCAAUGCUUCAGCCAAGUAAUGAGGCUGUGACAAAGACUGCAAUCAAAAUAGAACUGGUCUCCAUUGAAGAAGCUUGGCGAUUGUUUGAGGAACAGGUGAGUGGAGUCCUUGAUUCUCCAAACAUUAUGAAAAUUGCUCAAGAAAUAGUUGAAGAGUGUGAUGGUUUGCCUCUAACCAUCAUCGCCACUGGAAAGGCCUUGAGGAAUGAAAAUGAUGUUCUGGUAUGGGAGCAUGCAUUGAGACAAUUCCAGCAUCUAAGCAAACUCACUGAUGAACAUGAAGCUGCAUUUAGACAAUUGGAAUUUAGCUAUGACAGAUUGAAGGAUCGUGAUAUAAAGAGAUGCUUCUUGCAUUGUGCAUUAUUUGCGGAGGACCAUGAGAUUAAGGUUGAUCGCUUGAUAGAGAACUUUAUUGAGGAAGACUUAAUUCAUGGAAUUUCAUCCAGAGCACGCAAGAAGGGACAAGAUAUAAUUAAAAGUCUUAUCGACUCUUCACUAUUGGAUAGUGUUAAUGGUGGCCUGUCUCUAAGGAUACCUUCUGUGGUUAAAGAUCUAGGGUUAUGGAUAAUGUCAUCAAAAAUAGAUGACUACCAGUAUUUUAUAAGAACUGGUGUGCAGAUUAAAAAGUCACUAAAGGAGGAACCAUACCAAGGCAGUACAACUGAAGGUGUUAUCUUGUCAGUAGCUGGUGCAGGCCUAACUAGUCCACCGCCUAAGGAGUCAUGGGAAGGAAAGAAGAUGAUCUUCUUGAUGAAUAAUGACUUCUCCAGGCUACCCAAGGAACCAAAUUGUCGCAAUCUUUUGGCCUUGUUCCUCCAAAAUAACAGGAGGUUGGGAUCAAUACCUGAUACAUUCUUCAGUGGUAUGCCUUUCCUCCGAGUUUUAAACCUAUCCAAAACCGGAAUUAGGUCUUUGCCGCCUUCUCUAUGCGAACUUACUGAACUUCGGGCUCUUAUUUUACGCCACUGUGAAAGUUUAGCGGAGCUCCCACCUGAGGUUGGAAAUCUUGGAGCUCUCGAGGUGCUUGAUAUUGAAGGCACUGAGCUUAACAACCUUCCUGAUGAGGUUCGCAAACUGGGAUCUCUCAGGCAUUUGCAGGUCACCUUCUAUGAAUCUGUUGAACCAACGGAGCCUGUUAAUGUGCCGCCUUAUAUGGUUUCCCGAGGUACUGUAUCAGAGCUCGUUGCGCUGCAAGAACUACACAUUUUUGUUCCCCGAGCGGUUUGGCGGUGGGAUGAGAAUGUAGAAGAUAUAACACGUGAUGUGAGCAGAUUGAAUCAAUUGACCAGUCUUCAGCUCCACUUUCCAAAUUUAGAUGUUCUCGACAAAUUUAUCGGGAAAAGUCAGCCAUGGAUAAAUAAUUCCUUGAGCAAGUUCAACUUUAUUGUUGGCCAGAUCCCCAAACACACCAUUUCCCAAGUCCCUGAAGAUAUAGAGUUGGAUUAUGAUCAACAUGAUCGUUGCUUGAGAUUUGUGAACGGUGUGAACAUACCUAACACAGUUUUGGAAGUACUUGGGCGUGCCACAGCAUUUUAUCUAAGUCGCCAUUACAUGAUAAAGAGCCUAUCAGAAUUCGGGAUUACUAAUAUCAAGGAAUUGAGAUUUUGUAUAGUGAGUGAGUGCCCCAAUAUUCUUGCUGUUAUAGACUGUAGGGACAAUAGUGAAAGUGCAUUACAAUACCUUGAACACUUGAGUAUUCAGUAUUUGUGGAACUUGGAGAGCAUUUUCAGAGGUCCACUGCCCCGUGGAAGUUUUAAUGGGUUGAAAGUAUUGUCAGUCCACAAAUGUCCUAAGCUGGAUAUCAUUCUUGACGAGUCCAUGCUUCAAUGCCUUUCUAACUUGGAGGAGUUGGUUGUUGAAUGGUGUGUAUCACUACGGAAGAUAAUAGAAAUGGGAGAGAAGACGGAAAAUGAAAAUUUUGUCAUACUCCCUAGUUUGAGAAAAUUAUCACUUGACGAUUUGCCUCAAUUAAUUAGCGUCUGGAAUGGAUUUCGUCCAUCAAUGGAGAUCUUGCUCAGCAUUGUUUGCUGUCCGAAGUUGGAGAUAUCUGCACAUGAUGCUUUUGAGAUUUGA